UGUUUCCGAACGUGCACAUUUUCCUGAUGGACCGCGGGUACAUUCCAAAAAAAGUUCCCCGGUUUGUUUACUCCUACUUGACUUAAAAAACAGCUUAGGCUCAAAAGUGUGUGUGCAAAUAGUAGUAUUUUGGUCCAUUACGACAACAGGGAGCCAGCUGCAUGCGAUAAGUACUUUAUUCUGUGUUUUAUUUAAAAGUCGUACUCAAACACACCUCAUAGCUGCGCUGCUGUGGUCGCCCGCUCAGAUGUCGUGCAAGCUGGUCAGUCCGUCCGGAGCUCGGGUCCUCCUGGAGGAUGGACGAGCUGUGAUUUUAGGCCGAGGUCCAGACACUUGGGUCACCGAUAAGAAAUGCUCCAGACACCAGGUGAAGGUGGUGGCUUGCUAUGCAGACCAGGAUGUGGUUGUUACUCAGCUAGGUCCCAAUCCCAGUUUCCUGGACGGUGAGCAGCUGAGCCGUGGCCAGUCUGGAAAACUCUCAAACGGAGGCACACUCUAUCUGGUAAACCAGGACCAUCCAUUCAAACUGCACUUUUCUCUGAGCUCAAACGGAGCAGCCCCAGCUGCUGCACAGAAAAGUCUGCAAGCUACAGAUAAGACAAAAGGAGGAAGAAACGAGAAGGAGAAAGAGGCAGAGUCCAGUCCAAACCCUAAGCGCAGUAUAAAGGAUUUCUUUUCUGCCUCUUCCAUGAAGCCCCCUAAGAGACGACUGAGCCCGGAGAGAGGGACCCCUAAAGGGAAGCGCCGCAGAAGAAAUGAGGAGGAAGAGGAGGGAGAUGAGAAAGAGAGACUAGCAGAGGAAAAGCUCAAGCAACUGCAGGAGAUGGCGGAGCAGUCUGCAAAGGAGGAGAGUCCAAGCAUGCAGCCUUCAUCUUCAUCUUCUUCAUCAUCUUCAAAAGGCUGUCUGAAGAGCAACUGGCAGCAGAUUGGCAACCUGCUGCUCUACACUGCUGCUGGUGUCAAAGGGAGUGACAAGAUAGCUGGCUUUGACAUUGAUGGCUGCAUCAUCACCACCAAGUCUGGCAAAGUGUUUCCCACUGGGCCGGAUGACUGGAGGAUCCUUUAUUCUGAGAUUCAGCCCAAGCUGGCCAGCUUGCUCAAAAAUGGAUACAAAGUGGUCUUCUUCACUAACCAGAUGGGGAUCGCUAAAGGCAAACUGAGACCAGAAGUCUUCAAGUCUAAAGCAGAGGACAUCCUCACCACGCUGAAGCUGCCUGUGCAGGUGUUUGUAGCAACCGGUCCAGGUAUCUACAGGAAACCCGUGAUGGGAAUGUGGAAUCACUUGUGUGAGAAGGCAAAUGAUGGCGUGACUGUUGACAAAGCACAGAGUGUUUUUGUGGGAGACGCUGCAGGCCGACCAGAGAACUGGGCUCCAGGGAAGAAGAAGAAGGAUUUCUCUUGUAGUGACCGACUGUUUGCUCUGAACAUCGGGUUGCAGUUCCACACCCCAGAGGAGUACUUCCUGGGCUGGAAGAGCGCCCCCUACAACAUGCCUAAUUUUGACCCUAGAAAGAUUGACUCCACUGCACAGCUGUAUGACCCAGCGUCUGCCUCUCUCACCUCAAACAAGACAGAAGUCAUUGUUGCUGUGGGUUUCCCUGCGUCGGGUAAAUCCACCUUCUUCCACACCCACAUUAUUCCAAAAGACUAUGUGUACGUUAACAGGGACACACUCGGUUCAUGGCAGAACUGUGUGUCGGCGUGUGGCCGUGCUCUGAAAGAAGGCAAGAGUGUCGCUGUAGACAACACAAACCCAGAUCUAGAGUCUCGCAAACGAUAUUUGGACGUGGCCAAGGCAGCAGGAGUGUCGUGCCGGUGUUUUCAAUUCUCAGCCACUCUGGAGCAAGCAAAACACAACAACAGAUUCCGUGAGAUGGCUCCAUCAGACAAAAAACACGCAAAGGUUAACGACAUGGUUUUCCACAGUUACAGGAAACACUUUGUGGCUCCUACUCUCUCCGAGGGAUUUUCAGAGAUUCUCCAGAUCCAUUUCGUCCCAAACUUCAAAGACAGCGAAUCAGAAACUCUGUUCCGGCUGUUUUCUGAGGGCUGAUAGGACAGCUGGCUCUCUUAUGCUUUUGGCUCUAAUGGGUUUUCACUGCUUUAGGUCUAAAUAAUAUGCAAACUGUUGGCUAAGACCCAAAAUGAAGAUCAGACUAGCAAUAACGAAUCAGGUGUAUCAGAUAACCUAACAGGCUGUCAUUAAUGUAUGGAUAUAUUUGCAUUAAGUCUGCAACUCAGGAGCUGAUUAAGCAUGUUUUUCACAUCUGUAGUAAAAAAAAAAAAGAGAUGUAAAACACUGUUUCAUGUUGUUUAUGAUUGAAGCCUUCUUUUACAAUUGAGCUUACUGCACCACAGCUGUAUGUAAGUCAACACUUUUCUAUCUGAUAAUAAAGCUUUGGAAACGGGCUGAA